AUGUCGAGAGAUGCCCAGAAAGUGGUGGUGGUCCAGGAUGCAUCCAGGGAUGUUAGUUCAAGAGCAAUCCUUGGGAUUCUCCAUGACUUAACACUUAAGCCUGGAGAUGACCUUACACUCCUCGGAGUUCUUCACCAGGUUAAUAAUCCUUUGGGAUAUAGGGUGAAGGUGGAUUCUAGAUCAAUAGUUCGAGUGAACCAGAAAGUCCUCCAGGAAGAAAUUGCCAAGAAAAAGGAAGAGUAUUUGAACAAUGCUGAGAUUUUGCAAAUCCGUAAGCACUAUGAAAUGGAAAAGAUCGGGUUCCACAUACGUGUGCUUGCAGGAGCUUCCCCAAAAGCAGUAGCUCUCAAAGCUGUGAAAAGUGCCGAGGCUACAUGGGUGGUACUUGACAGGCAGAUGAAGAAAGACAAGAAGUACUUCAUGGACAAACUCUCAUGUGGAAUAUCGAGGAUGAAACGUGACAACACCAUUGAAGAGCUAAGAGGGCCAGUAACAACCUUUGUAUCAUAUGGAGAAAUGAUGCAUGGAAGCCUUGAGGAACUACUUUCUUGCAAGACAAUUUCUGGAAAAACCAGAAUGAGUGAAGUACCAGGCGGUGAUGGCGGUGGAGAACCCCCAUGGAAUAACUCAAGAAAAUCUACAUUUUCUAAAUCCUCAUCGAGUGAACAGCUCAUUCUGCAAAGUAGCGUAUCCAGUUCUAGCCUUGCAAACACUGAAUCCUCAAGUUCUAGCUUCAACGAGACAAGAUAUUCCCCCUUGGGUUACCAAGCAGAAGAAGCCACUACAAAUACAGAACAAGAAACAGCAGAAGAGCAAUCCGCAUCAGAUCAGAUGAGUGAGUUCCAACCAGAAGAGAUAUUUAGAAACUCCAGUUGUACAGUUUGCGAAAACAGAAGACCGAAGAUUGGAUGGAAAAAGGACUUCACUUAUGCAGAGCUGCAAGCAGCCACAGAGGGAUUUGACCGAGAGAACUUCCUAUCAGAAGGUGGAUUUGGUCGUGUCCACAGAGGACAGCUGAAGAAUGGGCUGAAGAUUGCUGUUAAGCAACACAAACCUGCAAGCUUUCAAGGAGAGAAGGAAUUCAAAUCUGAAGUAACUGUACUCAGCAAGGCCAGACAUGAGAAUGUGGUAAUGCUAUUGGGAUCAUGUUCGGAAGGAAAUCAUAGGCUGCUUGUUUAUGAGUUUGUCUGCAAUGGUUCAUUGGACCAACAUCUGUCAAAGCAUAGCUGCAGUCCACUCGGUUGGAAAAAGAGGAUCAAAAUAGCUCUGGGAACUGCCAAAGGUUUAGAAUAUCUGCACAAAAACAACAUCAUUCACAGAGACAUGAGACCAAACAACAUUCUCGUAAACCAUGAUUACGAAGCACUGCUAGGAGAUUUUGGUCUUGCAAGAACCCAACAAGAAGACUCAGAUCAUUCCUCAGAGACGAGAGUUGUUGGGACACUGGGAUACGUUGCACCAGAAUAUGCAGAAAGUGGGAAAGCAUCGAAAAGGACUGAUGUUUAUUCCUUCGGGGUGGUGCUGCUACAGCUGAUCACUGGGCUGGAGAUGACAGACAAGGAACUAAAAGGGAAAAGCCUAGUAGAAUGGGCAAGGCCACUAAUGAAAGAAGGGAACUACCCAGAUUUAAUUGACAAGAGGAUUGUGGAUUCCCAUGAUGUCCACCAACUCUUAUGGAUGGUUCGCGUGGCAGAAAAAUGUCUUAGCAAGGAUCCUCAUAAGCGAUUACCUAUGGAAAAUGUGGUUGAUGCUCUAUGUUAUAUAAUGGGCGGCAACACAUGUUAUAGCAUCAAAGGCUUCUCCCCUGGACUAUCAGAUUCAGUUAGUAAUCAUCCAGAGUCCCCUGAAUCACAAGGUGAAUGUAGAGCAACUGAAAAAGAAAGCUUUAGUUCAGAAACUACAAGGCUCAGUAGCACAAUUCAGAUGAGUGGAUCUCUUUCACCAACUUGGACAAAUACCAGUCAUCUAUCAUCAUGGACAAAUGCCAGUUCUUCAAGAAGAUCAAGCACAUCAACAAGUUCUGGACGAUCCUCUUUGGCUACUAGCAGUAAAAAGAAGAAAGAAAUAUCACAUGAUGGAGUUGGAUUACGUUAUAAGGACAUGGUCAAUUAGUUUGAUCUCUAAAUUCAGGUUCUGUGACAGAUAAUGGUUGCUAAUUAUACAUUUUAUCUCCCCUUCCUGGCAGAUUAUAUAGGAUACAUAAGUUUCUCUAACUUCUAAUAAUUAGUUUAAAGAACAUGUUCUCUGUAAUUGCUGUCAAUAAUGUCUUCUCCAAGGUAUCAAAUAGAGGAGCAUUUCAUAAGGAAUUUGGUAA